CAGAUCUAAAUCAUUUCUCAGCAGUACAACUAAAAUUCCAGACAGUUGAAAAGAAAAAAUACUACUAGUUCAUCUCCAAAGGAAGGAAUUAGUAAUAAUAAUGGAGGAAAACCAGAGUCGAACCAAUUAUUCAGACAAGCCCCUUCGCUGCAUCGUUAAAUUGGGUGGUGCUGCAAUUACUUGUAAAAAUGAAUUGGAGAAAAUCAAUGAAGAGAAUCUUGGGAUUGUCUCUGAACAGCUUAGACAAGCAAUGAUGAACGGGGGUUCUUCAACUUCUUCUACUUCUGCUUCUAUUAAGGUUCUUGGGAUGGAUCGGAGCAAAAGACCUGGUGGAGGUGUUUCAAAAAUUUCUAUCAAUCCAGAUGAAUUUGAAGAUCAGUCCGGGUUAGACCUCAGUAAAUUCAUCAUUGUUCAUGGGGCAGGAUCUUUUGGUCACUUCCAGGCUAGUAGGUCUGGUGUUCAUAAAGGAGGACUGCAUCAUCCCCUUGUCAAGGCUGGAUUUGUUGCAACACGUAUCUCUGUGACAUCACUUAACCUUGAAAUUGUAAGAGCUCUAGCCAGAGAGGGGAUCCCAUCUGUUGGAAUGUCUCCAUUUGCUGCUGGAUGGUCUACAUGCCAAAGGAAUAUAUCAGCUGCUGAUACAUCUCAGGUUGCCAAGUCAAUAGACUCUGGUUUUGUCCCUGUUCUGCAUGGAGAUGCGGUGUAUGACGACUUACAGGACUGCACUAUAUUAAGUGGUGAUGUCAUUAUACGCCAUCUUGCUGAGGUGCUGAAGCCUGAAUAUGUUGUUUUCCUUACAGACGUGUUGGGAGUAUAUGACCGUCCACCUACAGACUCCAAUGCUGUACUUCUCAGGGAGAUAGCUGUUGAUGAGGAUGGGAACUGGUCCAUUGUAGCUGUAGAAAACAUGAAUAAGCAAGUUGAAAUUACCGUCGCUGCCCAUGAUACAACCGGAGGAAUGGUAACCAAAAUAACAGAAGCUGCACUGAUAGCAAAACUUGGAAUUGAUGUUUAUAUUGUAAAGGCUGCUACAGACCAUUCAUUUCGAGCUCUAAAUGGAGAGAUUCAAGGUGAUAUUCCCGACGAUUGGCUUGGAACCGUCAUCAGAUCUUCGAAACAGAAGCAGAAAUCAUCCUGACCUGCCCACCAAGGACAAAGCAUUUCUCAUAGUAUUACUAUUAACGACCACGAAGUUGGUGAUUUAUGAUUCCUAUUCCUCUGACCGUUAGUCUGGAGUCUAUCUCAGAGAGCUGAAACUGUUUUCUCGUAUCUCACCUCAUAGUGGAACUUAUCUUUUGCAUGUGUUCCUUGCUUCGUCUUCAGAGAACCUGUAUAUUUUCUUGAUUAAUUUUUCUGAACCUGUAUAUGAAUGAUGGCAAGUGCGGCCGCGGCAAACUUUUUGUGGUACGAGGAUUUUCCUAUAGUGUACACUAGAUAGAUAGACAGUGAUUGGAGAAAAAAAA